GCCUGUCCCGCAUACGACCCAAGGCUUCAACAUCUAGACUCCCAGAGUCUUAUCUCAACUUCCACUUACUGUACUCACAUACGAACCACACCAAAAGAGCGCAUUCUUGCUUUUGCAUUAACCACAAUGCGCAUUGCAUUGAUAGCCACCUUGGAAGAACGUCUCUGUAUCUGGUAACUUGGAGACAACUUUGGCUGGUCGCGUCCACCACAAAUCGUUUUCAUCAUGACUGUCGGAGAACGGCGAGGUCGGCACUCGUGAUCAGUCAUAACCACCACCAUCAUCAGGAUGCGCGAACACACUGGCCCACGAAGAACGCAAUUCUCCAGCUGCGAUGCCUGUCGCAACUCACGGUUGGCAUGCGAUGCAGCCCGUGUGGGUUAUGACCCCAAUUUGACAGAAUGGGCCGGAUCGUGUUCACGAUGUACACGGCGAAAGCGACCUUGUACGUUUGAGUGGAUGAAAGAAGUGAAAAGGCCUGUGAAGCAACCGCGCCGGACGAAAUCAGUCGCUACUCCGCCUGCAGCCUCGUCCUCAUCCCCAGAGUCCAUUCGUGCUGAGAACGACCCUGCCAACACCGGUCAAUCGACCUCACAGCCAGCAGCUGGAUGGACUCCCCGAUCGUCGGAUUCCGUUCUCGCCAUAUCCCACAUCAGCCCGAUGCCAUCAAUGCAAGGCCCCAUCGAAAGCGUCUCACCAGCUGUCAAAUCCUGGCUUGAGCGAAUCUACGAAAGCUCAUUCGAGCAAAUCUUUGGGUUUUGGUUGGGAAGGGAUUGCUGUCCGUUCGUCUGGGAUGCCAAUGUUCAGGUUGUGCUUCCUCCGUCUCGACUUUUCGCCGAACUGGACACCUAUAUCGAUCAAGACUGGGAAGCACGCAGUUUACAUGAUGCAGAAACGCCAGUGAGCCAGAGACAGGACAGAGAUGGCCUGAUGGAGCAAUCAGUGAAAAGGGCAAUACACUCGUUUGCGUCGCAAUGGCUACACAUCAUUCCCAAACACGAACGAAUUGGAAUCGUUCACGAGGAUUUGGUUCGAGAUCUGUGGCGAGCGGCGCGCCGGGACAUGCUCAAAGUCAUCAAUCGCGUCUCCUACCGUUCUGUCCUUGCGCUAUUCAUCUUCGGUCUCACCCCAAUUCCAGUCGGUAUCUCUACAGAAGAAGAGAUGGACGGUCUGACUGGCCACGUCUGUGUUCAAGCAGCUCUCCAACAAGUGCAGAGACUGCGUGAGAGGCAACGAAAUUGUCAAUUCAGUGGGUCGAAGGUAUCACCAGGUAUUGAUCCCGUCAUAGGCCGGCAACCCACCACAGAUCUUAGCCAGGCUUUCCUGACGAGCGAAAGUCGGGCUUAUUGGGCCGCCUUGAUGGUUGACACUUCAGCAUCUUUUACACUCAACUUCCGAUCGUCGCUAUCUUCUGGUCUUCACGGUGUAGGUUCGGAAUCAUCAUGGCGCGUGCUUCGCAUGGGCGCAAAUUCGUUCCAUACGAGGACCGAAGAGUGGCGGACAUCAACAUUCGAGGUUUCUGACGAGACUACCUCACAAAUCGUUGCCGCUGCAGCAGCUUGCUCGGUGUAUGUUUGGAAGAUGAUUGCUGUACUGAAGGAGGCGCUUCGAGAAGGCGACGAAGAAGAGAAGGUCAUCCAAGCUUGGAAGUCGUUUCUCGAAUCUGUUGACAUCUUCCAAGUCACGUUCCGCCCACUUUUGACGGCUUGUCUGCGGAGGCUCCAUUUCCUCAGUCAAGUGGAACGAUUGAAUUGGUACGAGAUCACGCUCCAUUAUCACCUCGGGAUUUUGAUUCUGGUGGAUGCCGUGGAAGCCGCGGAACGGGUCGACCUCUUGUCUCAACUUACCGAGAAGAGACUCGAUGCUGAAGGGGAGGCUGUUAACGCGGUAAAGUUCGGCCUCGAAAACACUCUGACCAUCUCUUCCAAAAACGGAUUGGCCGCAGACUCACAUGAGCAGUCAAUCACCGUCUCUUUCGUUCAGAUCGACCCAUACCCUCACCACAUGGUGGCUGGAGUCCAGCUUAUGAACAAGGCCAUCACCAGGCAAUAUCGCCAGGGUAAAAUCAAAAUUGAAGCGUACAAGCACCUUCAAUUGACAUUACUCAGAGCUCUGGAGCAGCUACCCCAGACGUCAAAAUCUGUUCAAGAGGCUCGGCAGAAUUUGCAUGCUUCCCUGGCAGAGUUUGAGCCUCUUUCAGAAAGGCGUGUCAGCUCGAGCGCUGUACAAUGGCCGCGGCACAGCACCUGAACACGGCUUUAUAUUGCGACUCUGCUACCCAAUCUCUCACACUUAUCACCUUCUGCAUAGUGCUCGAACACGAAACGUUGUCUGGCUGGAGUCGUCCCCGCAUGUCCCAGCCUGGUAGUUUUGGGUACGAACGCAGACUCCUGUUUCACGUUCACUCCACU